AGUUGACAGCGUUGACAGCUGACUUAACCUUAAAAUUUUUCAAUCAGCCCGAUUUAUCAAAAAAACAUUCCAUUAAACCGUUGACUUUAAUUUUAUUUUCGUAUUUUAUCAUUAAAAAACCAUAAAUAUGGAGGAAGUUGACAAUAUAAUAAUAGAAUCUUUAAAAAACAUUAAUUGUUCGAUAGAUGAGGAAAUAACAGCGAUUAAACAUUUCGAACCAAAUCUAGUCGUAGACGCUGUAUCUUGCUGUUUAGAGAUGAUUACUCCUCAAAUAAAACAUCCUCAUAAAUUACCUGCUUCAAUGAGUGGUCGUUUAAAUCUUGCUACAAAUCUGGCUGAAGCAAUAAGAGAUUUGGGAUUUCGAGGUGAUAUUGGAUAUCAAACAAUCCUCUAUUGCAAUGAAAUUGAAUUAAGGAGAGUUUUAAUGUUUCUAAUUGAGCGAUUACCUCGAGAAAACGAUGACAGUUUACCAUUACAACAACUUGGUAUAACUCAACAAUUAAAGAGAAAAAUAAAUGAAAACGUGAGAUUGUGUUUGAGUAAACCUUGGGUUCCAUCAAAUUUAUUAAUUAGUGGUGUUAGAAAAUGUGGAAAUAUUUAUUUCCAACAAAGUUAUAUGAAUGUUUACCCACUAAAAAGUGAGGUGAUUAAAGUACCUCAAUGUUGUAAAAGUGUUAAUGAAAAUCUCAAACAAUAUUGGGUGCAUAACAUGUUAGAUGUUACAAAGCAAUGCACUGAAAGGAAUUUAAUUGCAUCCUUAUUGUUUAAUGAUUGCGAUUUGAAAUCUGUAACAAUGCAAAGUGAAAAUGAAAUGUGUAUAAAUAAAGAUGUAGUGGAUGAUGGAUGUGUUAAGAAGGUUAAUUUUAAUAAAGUGAGUCAAGAAGAAUGUGUUGGGAAAGAAAAUAUUAAUAAUGAAAGCCAAAACUUAUUGAUCAUAGAAGAUGAAAAAUUAAAAAUUCAAAGAUUACAAGAUGAAGUUAAAUUAAAUAGAAUCAAAUUAAAAGAAAUUUUAGAUAAAAAAAAUAAAGAAGAAUCGAUCCUAAAAGAACACAUCUCGCAAUAUAAAAUAAAAUCAAAAACGUUAGCGGUACUUUCGGAUGAAGAAAACUUAUUAAAAUUAAAGAAUUUGGUACAAAAUGGAAACAAUAAAUUAGAAACGCUAAAACAACAAUGGAAUGAGGUUCAAACACCUUUAUUGCGAGAAUAUGAAGAGUUGCAAGAAAAUAGUAAUCACAAAGAUAUAAAGAUCCAAGAAAAGCGUACGAAAAUCAAAGAAAUUCGCGUUAAAAAUCAACAAUUAAGCAACGACAUAAAAAGUAAAGAAAAAAUGGAGAAAGGUUUAAAAGAGGAAUGCGAGCGAAUUGGAAAGAAUACGGGAAGAUCGGCUUACACAAAACGAAUUUUGGAAAUAAUUGGGAACAUCAACAAACAAAAUAAAGAAAUUGAUAAAAUUUUGGAUGAUACUAAACAGGUUCAAAAGGAAAUUAAUAACUUAAACGGCCAAUUAGAUCGAUCUUUUACACUUUCUGAUGAACUUAUUUUUCGGAAUGCAAUUCAUGAUGAAAUGUCUAGAAGUGCAUAUAAACUCUUGGCAACUUUGCAUAGCGAUUGUGGGGCAAUAAUUCAAGCGAUCACUGAAUUAGGUCUAACAGAACGUGAAUCGAGGAAUUUACAAGAACAAAUCGAUUCGGAAGUGAUGAAAUCAACCGGGGUCAGUUUGGAAAGGGUUAAUGUUGAUUUACAAAAUGUUAAAAAGGAGAUUCUUGCUUUGGAAAAUGAGAAAAAGGGGUAGGAUUAAGAAAUAAAAAAGUGUGAGGUUAUAUUAUUUUAUUGAUUGUUUAUAUUUGUCAGUUUAGAUGGAUUAUUUUAUAUUCAAUUGGAUGUAUUUAAUGAAAUAAAUAUAUUUAUAUGUAUUAUUA